ACGGUUAAUUUACGUAUACCUUUUUAAACGAAACCUUUAUUUCAGUGGAUAUCACAAAAUCAAAGAAAGUCCGCACGGUUUAUUCACUCGGUGAUCAUGCUCUUAAAAGAGGUAGCAAAAGCCUCUCCGCUCCCGCGCUCCGAACACCACUCUCUACCGCAGCCAUUUUGUGUCACUCGCCUAAAAGACUCAAAGAGCUGCAGGACAAGCCGGUCUGUUUGACUUCGCCUUAGCUCCAAUCAUUGUCGACCCGUGAUCCCCGCCUCGCCAAUCAGCGUCGCUUGAAAUUUUCAAACUCUUUCUGACGGACCAAUCAGUAGCCUUCGCGCUAUCACCGACGCCAGGGGCUUGCCUGUGAGAGGGAGGUGGAACGUACUGUUUAGACUUAUAAUUAUUAAUCGUUUUUAAACUAAUUACAUCACAUAUUGGGUCAUAAUCGCUGAUUUCGGUGUACGUGACUCCAAGGUAGGUUUUAGACAAUGCCGAGCAGCAAGUUUCAGAGUGGGGAGAUGGUGAUGGGGCGCUGGCCUGGUAGCAGUCUCUAUUAUGAGGUGAAGGUGAUGAAUUUUGAUGCUCCCACUGAGCUCUACACGGUGAAGUACAAGGAUGGCACUGAACUGGAACUGAAGGAAUCUGAUAUUCGGCGGAUCUCGGGGUUUCGGCGAAGAGGCCGCUCCAACUCUCCAUCCCGGCGGCGCAGUCGCUCCCGUUCCCCUGGCAGGCCUGCACGCCGCUCGUCCUCGCGAAGCAGAGAUGUGCGCAAGGAGACCAAGAUCCAGGAGGUCCUGGAAGUCAAGCUGUCUCCUGUGGCAAAGCCUGUUGUGAACAGUACCAACAAUCAGCAAGAAAAGAAAGAGGAGAAUGACACUGCCCAUAACGUCAUUGAGCAAAAGGUUGAGUCUGAAAUGGAGAAGAACCGCAUGGAGGUACGUUACAACCUGCGACCCCGGAGGGAAGAAGCCACUACCAAAACUGCUCAACCAGAAGAGGUGGAGAGAGAGGAGAAAGUGCUUUUAAAGUCUCAGAAAUCCAUAGUGCCUAAGACAACUGAACUGGAAUUUGGAGGAAAGAUAGGGGCUUUCUUCAUGGUGUUACUUCUCCCGGCUGUUGUCUUUUCUCUCCUGCUAAUGUGCAACCUGGGUGAUCCCAGUGUCCUGAACUUCCCUCCCGCCUUGCCUGCUAUUGAAACGCUGUGGGACUUCGAAGUUUUUGGUAUCGUAGUGCUCUGGUUCCUCUUUCAGGCAUUCCUGUACCUUUUGCCGAUUGGGAAGGUAAAGAACAGUAUGAAUCCAUCUCUGCUUUUUGAAUUGUUAAUGUUCUUAUCUGGAAAUUUCUUUUGUCCUUUACCUUUAGGUAACAUAAUUUAUGAUUUUUUCAUUGGGCAUGAACUUAAUCCACGAAUUAAAAACUUUGAUCUCAAAUACUUCUGUGAGCUGCGUCCAGGUUUAAUUGGUUGGGUUGUGAUUAACUUGGCAAUGCUGGUUACCGAAAUGAAACUUCACAAGUUGGAUUAUCCAUCUGUGGCUAUGAUACUGGUUAAUAGCUUCCAACUUUUAUAUGUUUUGGAUGCUCUUUGGCAUGAGGAAGCUAUUUUAACCACAAUGGACAUCGUUCAUGAUGGCUUUGGAUUCAUGCUGGCUUUUGGAGAUUUGGUUUGGGUGCCAUUUACAUACAGCUUGCAGGCAUAUUACUUGGUGAAGCAUCCUAAUGACCUGUCGUGGCCACUGGUAGCAGUUAUCAUUAUCCUUAACUCAUUUGGGUACCUUGUGUUCCGUAAAGCCAACUCCCAGAAGAAUGCAUUCAGAAGAAAUCCUUAUGCUCCAGAAUUGUCACAUCUGCGCACCAUUCGAACGGCAACAGGAAAGAGUCUGUUAGUCUCUGGUUUAUGGGGUUUUGUCCGUCAUCCAAACUACCUUGGUGACAUUAUCAUGGCACUGGCUUGGUCUCUACCAUGUGGAUUUAACCACAUUUUGCCAUACUUCUACAUCAUUUAUUUCACCUGCUUAUUGAUUCACCGUGAAGCUCGUGAUGAGCACCAGUGCCGAAAGAAAUAUGGAUCAGCGUGGGAUGAAUACUGUCGACAAGUGCGUUACCGUAUCUUCCCUGGGAUUUACUGAGCAAUUGGAAACCAAAUGCGUAAACUCAAAAUUGCAGCUUAGUUUUUAAGUGAUAUACCUCCGUUUUUGUUUAAUGUAUUUUUCUUCCAAGGAAAAUGUUACCAGUGGACUGCAAAAAAUAUAAGGAUGUAUAUAUUUCACAGAGGAAAAAUGUCUUAAGAGGAGGCUAGUUCAUCUUAAGUCUUUAUAUUAAUUUAGGAAAGUGUUUUAGUCAUGAAUCCCCCUUUACGAAACAUUUCAUCAUUCAAGUGUUAGCAUUAGAAGCAAAGGAAAUUAACUCAUUUUGGUCCAAGAGCAGUGCUUAAAAAGCUCUCCGUCCGUUUUUGUUAGCACAUUUUGAGAAAUCAAAAUAGCAGCCACAGUUGGGGCAAAUCUCACCAAAUGUAUAGUCAUGUACAUACAUUAUUGUUUUUCUACAUACCCAUGAUAACAAUAUAUUAGUCAGUUUUCAUAAGGUUUUACUCAAAUUCUAGCAGUUUGUUGCUUUGCUUGUAAAUAUACCAUUUGGUAUAUUGCUUGUGUAUAUUGUAUUUUUUGGGAGAAUUAAAUGCUCUUUUUUUAUCUGUACAGUGACUAUAGUACUUUUCCCUCAGGACCAGAAAAUUGUAGAAAAGGAGCGAUUGGCAUAAUCUGUAUUUUUAAAUAUUUUUGUACAAUGUUUCUUACAUAAAUGUAGUGUGGUAAUUUGAAGGAGUGUUAUAGGAGAGAUUGCAUUAUCCAAAGUUUUUGUAAUUUGGCUUUUCUACCUCACGUUCACAAAUUAUGAAAUUUAUUUUCUUUACUGAAAUCGUGAUAUUUGACUCACUGAAAUAAUGGCUUAAAGUUGUUUGGGAAGGCAAAAAACAACAAAAGGAAUUGGACAGGUUACAUCCAUAAGUGGUGAGUUCACAUAAAAUAUAUGGGUAACAGAAACCUUUAUUUGAAAAACAAAAUUGUGAGCUAUUUAAAACAAAUUUGAUACGCCUUUGAAAUAAACGACAAAUUUGGAUUUUAAUGUUUUAGUAUUUGUAGUUUUAAUCUGAAAUGCAAGCAUGACUUUUAAUUUAUAAAGUUGUACUUAAAAAGUACUUAAGUUUUCCACUUGUGGAUUGGAGUCUAACAUUGUAAUUCUAAAGUUACUGAUACUGUGAAGAAUGGUGAAGAAGCCAUUAUACGUCUUUUGUUAGAAUUCAAAAGGCCCAUUGAAUCGUGCUCUUAAAACACUGUAGAUAUUUAGCUUUGUAGCAAUUAAAGGCAAAUGUGUGAACAAGUGACAUGAAAUGUAAAUAGUAUAGCUUGCCUGUUUUUAUCAUGAAAGUUUUUUUUGUUGUGAUUUAAAAAUAUGAAGAACAGUAUUUGUAGUAUAUAUUACAUUUUGUAGUGGAUAUUUUAGCAAUGCUUCAAUACAUUCUGCUUAAUUUCUACUGUAGCCAAUUAAGAUUUGCAUUGAACCUGCCUUUGUGCUAUGAAACUGCAAUAACAGUGAAUUUGUUUCCAGAAAAAGCCAUUACAGAUUGGUAGUUGAAAAUCUGUUCUUCCCUUCAGAAAGUCUCAUUUCUAUAAUAGUUAUUUUAAAUUUGUAUCUGAUUUGAUAAAGUGUAUUCCUUCCUGUUAUAGACAGCUUUUCUGGUGCACUAGGACCUUUUAUUUUGACUUUGUCUAUGCCUUUUCAUAUGGGUUAAGAAAGGCUACUCAUAUUACCUUAUUGGAUAUUCAGGAUGAAAAUCCAAACUAAAAAUAAAUAGCAUAAAAUGCUUAUGAAGGCAUUGCACUUUAAUGCAGGGAAGAACGCAUUUUCAAGUAUUGGAUCUAGUGGGAAAUGAUGUUAAAGCUGACAGACAUUCUUGUCCACUAGAUGGAAAGCUUUUAUUGUACUUUUUUUUGUUUAAAAAUAAAGGUUUACAGUAAAAGGUG